UAAAAUUAUCCAAAGAGGCGAACGGGUUUGGAAAAGAGAAAUUUCAAACAACUUUAUAAAGUUUCCCUCUCCCGCGUACAAUUCACAAUUUACUCACGCACGACGAGGAAAUUAACUCUCAGAUUUUUGUUCGCUCGAGUUUUCUCGUCGGCUCUCGGACUCAGAAGCUCCCCAUUUCACUGUGAGAGCUCCGCUCAGGAGCACAGAAUUGAAGUUUCAAGGAAGAUUUCUUUCAACGAUGUUACAAUGGAUGGGUGGGUCAAGGAGGAAAGUUGAUACUUCAAGAAGGUCAACACAGAAAAGGCAAAAACAGUACUUUGAGCAAAGAAAAUGGCGAGAGCAGCAGAAAAAAAAUGCUAGAGAGGGCUUCUUUGAUGAGAAAAGCCCUUGUAAUCAGCAAGAAAAGAAUAGUCGUUCACUUGAUAUUCUGAGUUUACUGAACGUGUCAACAGGUUCUGGGGAACACAAGUCAAAUGUCCACUCAGCAAGGCAUAUUUAUGAGGACAAUCAAAUGCUGCAGCCUUCUCCAGUGAUUCAAACAAAAGAAGACAUUUAUCUUGUCUCUCUUCAACAUAAGGAAGGAACGUCACCAAGCUCCCAAGAUAAUGCAGCCUGCCCAAAUCGAGCAUCAGUUGGAGCACCUGGAGGUCAUGAGAGAGGCAAUGAUAAAAUAAACCCACUGGCAAACUCUACAAGCAAACAACUCUCUAUUUUUGACAUACUUGGUGAUGAUGGACCGAACUGUGAGUUGGAAAGUUUAACUCGUGAAGGCCAUGUUGCAUUUUCGAUUGAAGGUUUAGGUAAAGUUGAAAUGUCUACCCCAGUCCAUUCACCGCAGCUACCUGGCAGCAGACUCUUAUCAUAUGGUAGGCCCUCACCCCCAAGGGCAAGGAGAAAAACUCUCUCAUCUGACUAUCUUAACAAAGGAAUAGAUGGAAUUGAACUUGAACUGGAUAGCAUGAUGGUGGAUGUAGAACGACCUUUUCAAACGAUUCCUUUUGAUGGAUCCUCUUGCUCCAGGGGAGUACAAGAUUUACCUGGUAGUGCAGAGCAUACUUUACUAGAUACCAAAUGGUUCUCCUCUAAUAACAACUUCACUUAUCUGUACACUUCUGAGGAUGACGAAAUCUUCGGCAAAAACAAGGAAAAUUCAAAUACAAUUUUGAAUGCAAAUUCCAGCUUCCCACUUCCUGAAAGCUUUCAUGAAGAUUGUGGUUCACGUCAUUUAGAUGCUGUUUCCACUGAUUUUUGGAAUAGCCAAAGUUGUGUGAUGCGAGAAUUCAACUUUGAGGACUGUUAUUAUCAAGAUUUUGCCAAUUCUUGUAGUGCCAGAAAUUAUGGGAAGCAAGACAUUUAUUUUGAUGACUCUUAUCAUCAGAAGCAAAGGAUCAGGAAAGCCAAAUCAGAAUUCAACAUAAUAGGUGCUUUACAUUUCUGCUAUAAGAGAUGCUUUUUUGAAAGAUAUUCAGCAACUCCCUAUACCAAGCACUUCAAACCAGAGAAUUGCAGUGUCUCAGAUGGAGAAUGGUGUUCCAUGGGAUGUACAAGUCCUCAUUUAAUGGAUUAUAUAGACCAUGUUGAUAGGACAUGGUUUGCAAAUGAAGAUGCAAGAGAUAAUUUGAGUUUAUUGAGCGAAGAGUCAUCCACUGCAGUGGUGGGUGACUUGGACACACAACAAAAUAUGAACUCAAAUAAUAAAAGGAGAAGCCAGGACGUAUCUGAUUGGAGGAAAGAGGCAAAAUUCUGUGAGAAGUUAUUUGCUAAGGAAAGAAACUGCAAGAAGAAUGAUAUCCAGCAAGGAAAGCCAACAAAGUUACCAUGGCUACCGAACCAAUCAAGAGCAAAGCCAGAAAAUCACAGUUCUGUAUUUUAUGAGAAGAGGUCAGACAUGAAGAAUGAUGGACUGAGUGAGGCCAGAUGUGGUCCAGGAGAGUCAAAUUCAAGAUUCAGAUCUUUCUGCCAAGCUUCAGUGUCCAAAAGAUAUGCAUCCACUUGCUCCGACUUCUUGGUUGGAGAUGUCCUUGCUGAUCAGGAGCCUAAGUUACAAGUUGACUCCCUACAGAACCUCGAAGGGUCUAUUGAAUAUCCUGGUGAAUAUGCACCCUCAUGUUUUAUGAUGGAACCAAUGACUUUUGAACUAGAUAGCCCCGGAUGCACCUUCAGGAACUUGUUUCAGGAUGCCAAGAAGGGUUGUGGUACUGAGGAUUCAUUACAUACUCUCGGUUCCCAUGGCACACUAACAGGACACAUUGUAAGAGAUGUAGGUAAGCAACCUAAUUUCCUGAGCGAUGGAGAUAAAGGUAUUGAUGUCCUACCAUUUGAUAGCAGCCAGUUUGUCCCCAAUACUGAAGUUUCUGGUAGGCGCAAGGGUUUCUCAUCAGGAAAGAAAAAGUCAGUGGAUGGAUCAAGUUCUGUCAAUGAGUGUAGUAACUGUGAGGAACCAAAAGAAAAAACUCCAGAAGUGAAGGACAGGACAGGAUCGUUUAACUACUCUGAAUGUGCAGAAGAAGCUUCUUCCUCUGUAGAGAUGUCCACUGUAUCAAAGGGGGAUCAGGACAGUUCAUCUAAUCAGGAUACCCAAUCUUCACUUAGAUUAAAAGCAGAAGAUGAAGUUACAAAGGAUGACAGCAGGUCUUCAUCAAAAGAAGGAAUGAUAACUACACGACAAAGUCACAACGUUCACCAAAAUGGGCAAGUUAUGAUGCUUGAGGCCGUAUCCUUCAACUUUUACAUGUGCAGUUUUUGAAGGGAGCACAGAAUUAAUGAACUUGGACGAUGGAGUGGGAAUGCCAAUUAGUGGAACUGAGGGCAGAGCAAGGCAACAUUAAAAGACUCGUGUACUUGGUAUAAACUACAGCUGAGUAAAGUAAAUAAUGGCAAAUGUCUGCUUAUUGAUGUUCGCUAAGAGGUAUACAAGGCUGCAUGAAUUCAAGAUACGUUCAUACAUUCACCUUUUCUUGUCUUACCGAACCUCACACAUGAUUUUUCUUUUUGACUUCUUUAAUUCAACGUCAUAAUUGAGUUCUAAAUAUUUCCCUUGUAGAUCUAUUUGUUUAUCAUUAUUUGAGUUUCUUAUUUUCAUUUAA